AUGUCCAAAGCAUCCCUUCUGCUGCUCUGGGCUGCCCUGGUACUGACCAGCCAUGGACAUGGAGCCAUGAUGAGAAAGGAAGAUUCGUGGAAGCCACUGAGCAACCCCAGAAACAGAGAACUGUUUUUCAGAAGCCUUCAGGCCUAUUUUAGGGGCAGAGGACUCGAUCUUGGGAGACUUCCAAAUACCUUCUCCAUGAAUGAGGACCCCAGACCUCUCUCUCUGCAGGCAGAACAUAUGGCUUCUGCAUUUGCAGACUACGAGGAGCACAAAAACUCGCUCCCUAAUUCCCACAAGGGCUGA